GAAUUUGGGUAUAUAUACCAUUUGAAAAUGUAAGUAAAUCAUUAGUUUCAAUUACCAAAUUCAAACAACAACAUGAACCGUUACUUCGUUUGCGCUUACUUCGCUGCUAUCUUUGCUGUUGUCAACUGCAGUUUAUACGGUGGUAUUGGUGGAUAUGGAGCUCCAGUGUUGGGCGGUUAUGGGAAUCCAAAUUUGGUGGGCUUAGCAUUACAUGCUCCUUCUCCUGGUGCCCCACUCAUUAAUCCCAUAGCUAUACCACGUAUCAUUAAUUCAUACCCAGUGUCAUAUGCUCCAAGCCGUUCCAUUGUCGCACCAAAUGCAGCUAAAUCCGCAUCAGCAGCUGCUGCUUCCUCUGUAGCUGGUCGUCCAGGUGCCGUUAUAGGUCGCCAUGCUCCAUAUGGUUCAGUAGUUGCUCCAUAUGGUGUACCUUUAGGUUCAAUUUAUUAAACUGUGAUUUACAAUUUGGCUAAUUGAAAAUAAUAAAAGAUUAGAACUAAUAUAAAAUAUA